CACAUAAAGUAAAAAUGGCGUCGGCGGUCUAACCUUAAACUGUGUUAUUUUAAAUUGUAAUUUCGAAUUUAAAAUACCUUCCUGCAUUUUUUGUCAAAUAACAGGAGUAAGGCUACAUUCUUGUAUUAUAAUAUAGUGAAGCAUGGCUGACGCGGCUGCCAGACAGCUGCAGUAUGAGUACAAGGCCAACUCGAAUCUUGUACUGCAAGCUGAUGUAAGGUUAAUAGAGAGACGUGGUCGAGAUGAAGCGACCGGUGAAGUUUUGUCGCUGUCUGGAAAGCUCACGGGAACUAAGAUGGGUGAUCGAGCUCAACGCACUAAACCAGAUAAAGCUGAGGAGAGAAAGGCUAAACGUCAAAAACGUGAUGAAGCCUCGUAUGAACUCUCUAAAUCAAAAUCCAGUCGUGUGGCUUGGGCUGACGAUGCUCCAGGCGUUCUGUACCGUCCCAGAGCCCAACACACAAGACACACUUAUGAACUACUGCUUGCAUUCAUGCAGAGCUCUCUCGGAGACCAGCCAAGGGAUAUAUUAUGCGGCGCUUGUGAUGAGGUACUCUUAGUUCUAAAGAACGAUAAAUUGAAAGAUCCAGAGAAGAAGAAGGAAAUUGAGAUGCUCCUCGGUUCCAUACCAGACGAGAGAUUUGCUUUACUUGUCAAUUUAGGCAAGAAAAUAACAGACUUCAACAUGACAACGGCAACAGAGAGCAACACCGAAAUAGAUGAGACAUACGGCAUCAAUGUGCAGUUUGAAGAGUCCUCUGAGGAAGAUGAUGAAGAUGCAUAUGGAGAGGUAAGAGAAGAAGAUAAAGAAGACGGUGAAGGGUCAGAGAAUGAGAAAGAAAAAGAAUCCAGUGGAGAAGAGGACAGUGAUACGGAGGGGAAAAGGAAUGCCAUUCACACUAAUCUAAGCGAGGAGCAAAUUAACAAACGCCACUCACAGUCUCUGCAUCCGAUGGAUAUAGAUGCUUACUGGCUGCAGAGACGACUGUCCAGACAUUUUCCUGACGCUAUGCUGUCUCAGGCGAAAUCCACGGACGUCCUGAAGGCGCUCGCCGAAGCGGCGGACGACAGAGACCUGGAGAACAGGCUGGUCCUGCUGCUCGGCUACGACUGUUUCGACUUCGUCAAGAUAUUGAACAAGUACAGGUUCAUGAUCCUGUAUUGCACGAAGCUGGCGUCCUCCCAGUCGGAGAGCGAGCGCGUGUCGAUACGUGAGGAGAUGUCCCGGCAGCCUCACCUGCAGAAGAUCCUCGCGCAAUUGGAGACCGGCAAUGGAGAUGAUGAGGUAAGGGUUUUCAGCACUCUCCCAUUUCUCAG